AUGGUUUGUCUUCCUUUUCCGCCUGUGAUGAACUGGCACUUAGAGAUCCGUGUGGUGACCUUUUCUUUUAGCCUCCCAAGAUAUCGAUACGCAAGGAGGAAUGGGAGCGGCGCCUUCACGAAGUCCAUGUGACGAAAGAUGAUCUCAACCGUCUUAUUAUGGACUAUCUCGUCAUUGAAGGAUAUAGGUCAGCUGCUGAAGAGUUUAGUAGUGAAGCGGGCGUGGUUCCCCCCGUGGAUUUCGAAAGUAUCGAGAGCAGGAUGGUAAUUCGCGAAGCUUUGCAACGCGGUGACGUCGAGGAAGCGAUCACCCGGGUCAACGACUUGAAUCCAGAGAUACUUGAUACAAAUCCAGCAUUGUAUUUUCGCCUACAACAGCAGAGACUAAUAGAGCUGAUACGACAGAGCCGCAUCGCCGAGGCUUUACGGUUUGCUCAAGAUGAACUGGCACCGAGGGGUGAGGAGAGCCCGGAAUUCUUGGCUGAGUUGGAACGGACCAUGGCACUCUUGGCAUUUGACUCUACAUCUUCGCCACCGCCUGCGAUCACUGAUUUGUUGUCACCGGCUCAACGAAUGAAGACGGCUGGCGAGGUGAAUGCCGCUAUUUUAGAGAGUUUUAGUCAGGGAAAAGAGGUUAAGUUAGUGCAGCUGCUGAAGCUUCUUUGUUGGGGAGAGAGCAUGCUUGAGGAGCGUGCUGACUUUCCAAAGAUUGACUUGCGGAGAGGCGGGAAGAAGGUGGAAGGGAGCGAGGAGUUAUCGAUGCACGAGUGAUGCCAGUGUCGUAUAGUCUAUUCUGUUAGGAUAUGUGGACGUGUUACACCACAUGGUUGGUGUUUUCCUCAUGGAAUGCAGAGGGUGUCACUUGACCAGUGAGCUCAUGUAUGAUUAAUUGAUUGGACAUGCCAGGAC